AUGACAACGUAUACGCUCUCUCGCACCUCGCCCAAAAACACAACCCUAAUUGAUCCUGGGGGAACGGUGGCAUACGAGAUAUCCUCCACAUAUCAUCUGGGAGGAUCUCAGACCACAAUCAAGAAAGCAGACCAGACUUUGGCAACUAUUCACUGGAAAGUGUUUCAGAGAAGCACCAUUACAUGGAAUGGCAAAACCACAACGAUUAGCGAGAUAUUUCCCAGAUCCCGUACUCUUUCAACAUCAAGAGUCUAUACUACACCAAGUGGCGAACAAUUCAAGUGGAAGGAUCGUGCAAAGCUCUAUUGUGUUUCCGUUGACACUGGGUUGAACCUUGCGAUGUACGAGCGAACGCUAUUCUAUCUUUUCCGGAGCAAAAAGUCGACAUUGGAUAUUUCAUCCAGCGGAGCUCACCUUACUGACGCUCUUGUGGUUACGUGGGCUAUUGCUGAGAAAAAGGCGAGAGACAGGAGGCGUUCUCGUCGACAUGGUGGUGGUGGUGGUGGCGGAGGCGGGGAUGCACUCGACACGUGGGAAAUCGUAUAUAUACUUGCAUUGAAUCUCCGCAAUCCUCCAUCAUCUCCCAAGAAAAUGACUACAUACGUCCUUUCAAGGACUUCUCCCAAGAACACGACGCUGAUUGAUCCAGAAGGUUCAACAUUUUAUGAGGUUACGUCAAAAUACCACCUUGGGGGAUCGGAUACCACUAUUAAGCGGGGAGAUCAGGUACUAGCAACAAUACAUUGGAAAGUUUUUAAAAGGAGCACCAUAACAUGGGAUGGUGAAACCAUGUUUAUUAAAGAAAUAUUCCCUAGAACUGGAAGAUUCUCAACGUCACGGAUUCAUACCGCACAGACUGGCGAGAAACUGAAAUGGAAAGAUAAGGGAAAACUAUACUGUGUUUCAGCUGACAGUGGGCUUAAUUUGGCGGUGUAUGACCGAACGCAUUUACACCACUUUCGGAGCAAAAAGUCAACACUGGAGAUCACAGCCAGUGGCUCUCACCUUGCAGAUGCCCUCAUAAUCACUUGGGCAAUCGCUGAAAAUAAGGCAAGGCAUAGGAGACGCUCCCGUCGUAAUGGUGGUGGAGGAGGUGGUGACGGGGGUGGCUGA